CUACCCUUAACCUUUUUUUGUGCUCACCUUACCAUCAGGGACCAGCUCUCUUUGCUUUUUUGGACUUCCAUAUCUGUCUCCAUCUUCCCACCUCCAGUUCCCGUCUAUUUAUCUGACCUGGUGAUUCAUUUUUCAUCUUACAAGCGGAUAUCUGACCCAUCUUCCCCUCCACCCGAAAAAGCAAUAGACCCCAUUGCCCAACCGAGAGCCGCACUAUUUUACUCUACAGUAUCUACCACUCCAGCAGUUCCAGCUCGCUCCUCUCCCAGGUUCUCCCAACUUUCGCCUCCUCGCCAGGAUCCCCCACCUCGUUCGGUUGUCACUGGGAAACUCUGUUUGUGCGGUUCGCCAAUCGUCCCCAAGACAUUUCCUUCCCAGCAGGGGUUUCCCGACAAAGCAAUAUCAGGGGAACAAACCACCAAUUCGAUUCUCCUCUGCUCUUUCUACACAAGGCCUUAUUCCUCGUCUAUAUAGAGGCAUUGCGUGUCUUGGGAGGAAAAUAAUCGUAAUUUAGCAAAGACAGGACACACGGCGUAGCCAGAGCGAAGCAGUCCAGCACAUUCACAUCGGCACUACGGCAACCGAGGCCAAUUUUCGCGACCCCGCGCAUUGAAGUGGCCCCCCGCUCAUUUCAGGAGCCAACAGGGACCAAGCGACUAGAAGCGAAGCAUCUCCUCCCAACAACAACAACAACAACAACACACACACACGCAUUCGCAACCGAGGAGCAAACACACACUCCGAACCAAACACCCCACGUAAACACGACAAACAAGAUGGCCGAAAAACCGUCGGUCCUCAUCAUCGGUGGUCUCGGCUACAUUGGCCGUUUCCUCGCCCUUCACAUUCACAAGAACAACCUCGCUUCCGAAGUGCGCAUUGUCGACAAGGUCCUGCCCCAGCUUGCCUGGCUGGCGCCCGAGUUUGAGGAAGCGUGCGCGGGACCCAAGUUCAUGCAGGCGGAUGCGAGCAGAGAGCAGUCUCUCCAAAGGAUAUUUGACCGAUCUAACGGAAAGCAAUGGGACUAUGUCUUCAACUGCGGCGGUGAGACGCGCUACUCACAGGAAGAGGAGGUGUACAAGCUGCGCUCGCUCGAGCUGUCGUUAGCCGUGGGAAGAGAAGCCGCCAAGCGGGGUGUCAAGUGCUUCAUCGAGCUGAGUACGGGGAUGGUCUAUAAGCCGGACUCGGCGCCUAGCAAGGAGCAGGACAAGCUGAAGCCAUGGAGCAAGAUUGCCGUCUUCAAGCUGCAGGCCGAGGAGGAGUUGGCCAAGAUUCCAGGACUCAACCUCGCUAUCGUCCGUCUCUCCCACGUGUACGGCCCGUACGCGUCGCAAUGGGUCGCGACCGCCCUCUGCAUGGCGCGCGUCUACCAAGCCCUCGGGUCCGAGAUGAAGUGGCUCUGGACCAAGAACCUCUGCACCAACACGGUGCACAUCCACGACGUGACGCGCGCUCUCUGGCAGGUGGCCGAAUGGUACGCGGCUGGCAAGGCUAAGUGGGAUGCGGCCAAGAUGGGCCCCACCCCGACGUUCAACGUGGUCGACAAGGGCCGCACGACGCAGGGCAUCAUGGCGGACCUGAUCGGCGACGUGUUCGGCAUCAAGACGGGCUUCCAGGGCACCAUCAUCUCCAACUUUGCCAAGAUCCACCUGCACGACGUGGUGGAGGACGUCAACGACGAGCUGCUGGGCCCUUGGGCGGGUCUGCUCGAGGACGCGGGGAUAACGAAGCCGGGGCCCCUGACCCCCUUUAUGGAGGCGGAGCUGCUCAAGGAUACCGACCUCAGCAUGGAUGGUUCACGGCUGGAGGAGCUACUCGGGUUCAAGUAUGAGAAACCCCAGAUCAACAAGGAGCUGUUGCAGGAGGUCAUCGAGAGCUAUAAGCGCAUGAAGUGGUGGCCUUAGACAUCACCGGACGGACGGACGGACGAACGAAAAAAGGGGGGUACAAACACAAUUGGAACAUCUUCAAAAAUCUUGCCGGAGUUUAUCAUGUCUUUUUUGUUUUUUUUUUUUUUUCAUUCUUUUGGUCGAUUUCGGUUGGUCUGGUCGUUCGGGGGUUCAGGUCGCGAUGCGUUAUGAGCCUUUUUUUGGUUGGUUGGUUGGUUGGUUGCCUGGCUGGUCGGUCGGAGGAUAGGAUUUAGCAUGAAAGAGAGGAAGGGAAAAAGAAGGAGAAAGGAGUUUGAAACUGAAAUUACCGUCGUCAUCGUCGUCGUCAUUAUCGUCGUCAUUGUCGCCGUCGUCGUCGUCAUCAUCAUCAUCAUCACCAUCAUCAUCAUUAUAUAUCUAGGGCAAAGGCUGAAGCCUCCCAGGAAGAAGCUGUUGUUGCCAGUUGCUGGACUAUGGUAUGGGUUCUUGUACUAUUAGGAUAUCCUUUUUAAUAAGUGUCAGUUGUUGUUGUCCUUGGUGGAGAUACUAGACCGGGUCUUUAUUACUUCUUGGGGUGGUGAUAGCGACAUGGGACGCGGAACUUGGGUCUGGGUGCGAAAGGGAGAGGAGCAUUAAAUAGUUGAUGAACCCAAUAUUUAAGGGAUCCCAUGCCAAUAAACUUGACUGUUGGACGU